AUGUGCGUGCACUACGAGGUGAUGAGCUGCACGAAUCCAAAGAAGUAUCUGAACUUCAUAACGGUCGAAGAACUAAAAGAUUACGCCGAUGUAUGUGGAGUGUAUAAGAAUGGCACUUUCACGCUGAUUACUGCUUGCUUCUGCAACAAAGAUGACUGUAACGGAAGUAAAGAGGUCAUCAAGGGAUUAGUUUACAAUAUGAAACGUGGGGACGGUAAUACACCUUCUGUCGACAAAUGGGAAAUUGUGAACAGUCGCGAUGAAAAGAAGACGGCCUUUAAGUGUUAUGAAUGGAAUUUGGAUAAUACUGGACCAAAUCCUUAUGCGCCACCGCCACCGGAAGAAGUCGGAGAGCCAAUAGAUCUCAGGUACACAGUUUCCGAUAGAAAACAUUUUGCCAUCAACCAUCAUCUGCGUUAA